ACUCCACUAACUGGUCAGUUAUGGAGGAACGCGAAGACUUCGUGAACACUUUUAAAACACAGGUUAAAAUGGUUUUGGAUAUUCUGUUAAAUGUCGCCGUAUCGGAGAUAACGCAUGUUUUCCAAGGCACUUCGGGUAACGCAACUAUCCAGAAUACAGUAUUACCCGUUGCUCUUCGCGCCGGAGACCACACCAUAGAGGCCGUGCAGGCAUGCAGACUGAAGAAUGCAUUGGAAAUGGCAAUAUGCACAUACACACGGGAAACCACUGAAGUGACACCACGUGCAACUCGACAUGAUAGUGGUGAGGUCCCCAGUGGCUCUGUUGCUAUGCCAAGGCGUGAUGAUGGUGAAGACAUGCACGUUAAUCUUAAAUAUGAGAGAUUGGACAUGGACUGGGAGGUGGUGAAGGUUGGUGUCUUCAAGGAGGGUGACAGUAUUGGGAAAAGCAUGCAAAAGAGUCAAGAGUAUGAAUGUCUUGUCUCUGAAUUGACGUUUGAACCAUCGACAUCCUCAGAGGUCUCGGACCCCCACUGCAUACACACUGAAAACAGUGCCACCGCCACCACCACCCUGUCAUUGUGUUCAAAUGACACCGUAUUGUUUAACUCCCCGACAGACAGACUGACUGAACAGGAGGUGCAGGUGGGUUCUUCCCAGGCCCCACCUCCAGUGCCCCUGAAAUGGCUUCUAUUUCCUCUUCCUAUCUCAGUCAGCCCAGAAAAAAAAGUGGAAUUAGAAAGGGGGAAACUGGAGCCUGUUCCCAUUGCCAUCAGCACGCCGGUGGAUUCGGAACAACAGCCAGCCAACACCCUUAGGAUUAUAGAUACAGAACCCAUGCUUAGAACACCUGUGGGACACCUGGAAGCACUCACUGACUAUGACAUCAGUGGUGCUGCUCUCAAAGAAGAGCCACUAGGAAGCUUGGGACAACCGGAAGUCAAGGAGGAGAUUGAGCUGGUCCGGCAUACUGCACAACCAAGUACACAACGGUACAAUGACAUUACAGCAACAACACAACUAAGCAUGCUACAAGAGCCGAUUCUCACCCAAGUAAACCCCAAUGUACAUGUGGCCACACAAGCAAGCAUUAUACUAAACCCAGCAGCAAAGGAAGAGCAGCGAGACCGAGGUGGACCAGUGUUGAGCGGGACCAGAAGCAGAAAAGGCUGUGACACCACUUCCACAGCACUUCAAGCCACCUCCUCCAUAUCACCUCACCGCUCUCCCCUCCCCCCCUCCACUCCCCCACCACUACCCCAUGAGCUGGAGAAGCAGAUGAGAACCUGUUCAGUGAAGCUUGAGGACUUGCGGCUGGUGGGACACUGCCACCGUCGUCUGCGCAUCUGCUGGGACUGUGGCAAGAUCUUCUACCGGAAACGGAAGCUGAGGUGGCACCGCCGUUUAAUCCACACCGGAGAGAAACCGUACUGCUGCUCCCAGUGUCACCGGGCGUUCUCGCUCCGGAAGAAUCUGAAGCACCACCAGAGGGCCCACACAGGGGAGAAACCGUACCACUGUAAAGACUGCGGGAAGCAGUUCCGGUGCAACGGGAAACUGACGACCCACAUGAGGUUUCACACAGGGGAGAAACCCUUCGGCUGCACCCUCUGUAGGAAAAAAUACAGGGUGCUAAAGAACUUAAAGACACACAUGGCCACCGCACACCCACACCCUGGCCGAUGUCUUAACCGUUAGAACAAGUCCAAAAUUGUACCCUUAUUCCCUUUUGUAGUACACUACUUUUGUCUUAUAUUGCUCCCUCUGGGAACAAGGGGCGGAAGAACUUGACACAUGAUAUCCAGACAUAAAGACAUUGAGGUGAAAGACCACCCCAAUACAGUGAAAGACUGAAUAGUAGAGUAUUCUGGAUAGAAUACUUGAGUGGGAUGCAGUGUAGGCGGCCUUCAUGUUAUCUAGAGAUCUACAACUACGGUUGAAGUCGGAAGUUUACAUACACCUUAACCAAAUGAAUUUCAACUCAGUUUUUCACAAUUCCUGAGAUUGAAUCCUAGUAAAAAAAAGUCCCUGUCUUAGGUCAGUUAGGAUCAC